AUGGCUCCCAAAAACUCUCGCGGCAGGGGUAGCGGCCACGGCUGCAUGACUUGCAAAGCCCGUCAUGUCCGCUGUGAUCAGCAGAAACCGGCGUGCGGACAAUGCACCACCACAGGCCGCAAAUGCGAUGGCUACACCAUCAACCUCUCGCAACGACAACUGCGCCAGAAUGUCAUCGAUGCGUACCAGCGCAGCACCUGUACCGCUGAUGGCCGGUUGAUUCUCCCGCAGGGUGACCCCAGGGAGCGAGAGUAUAUCUCAUUCUUCUGCUCGCAGACCUCGCGCGCCAUCGUCGGAUAUUUCAUGGCGAAUCUCUGGGAUUACCUCCUUCCGCAACUGACUCACUCUGAGCCGGUGGUCCGACAUGCUGUCGCUGCUGUUGGCGCUGCGCACCAGAGAUACCGAGGAGUUGAUCGCCUGGGCUACACGGAAGCUUUUAUGUUGAAUCAAUACAACAAGUCGAUUCGACUCUUGGUGCAGCAAUCAUCAGUACCGGGAAAUACAAAAUUGGAUCUCACCCUGAUUACCUGCGGUCUAUUCGUGUUUCUGGAACUGCUCAGAGGGAACGUCGACGAGUCACUCCGACAUAUAGAAGCAGGCUUGAAUAUUUUCGCCCGAUCAGGCCCAAUACUGAUGGCACAGUCUGUGGGCGACUCGCAGACUAUAUACAAGGAGCUGCGCGAUAUGUUCUUCCGCUUGAAUAUCUACAUGGGCCACUUUGCGCAGAAGGCAAAAGGGCUCUCGCCUUUCACUGAUCCGCGCACUUUGCAGAUAUCUGCCGACUUCACAGAUAUCUCGGAUGCUCGCCACUGCCUAACUUCUGUGAUGACUUACUGCGUCACACUCAGCCCCUCGCCAGAUCCCAUCGUGCAAGUUAGUUCGGACAAGAAUAACGCUACGCAGUCAACGAUGCUGAAGCAGACGUACCAGACAUGGCUUGAUCAUUUCGAGAGGUUUUUACAGACACCGCAAGGCUAUCUGACGGACCGACGCUUUGUUGUCUCGCUUCACAUCGACUAUAUUCUCGCCGUCCUUUGGACAUUUGGCAAUCCUCCGUGGAAAGAAACCGACCACGAUCGAUGGAAUGAUCACUACAUGAAUAUAGUGUCCUUGGCAGAGGAAUUAAUCCUACUAGACUCCGACUCAGAGCCAACUUUCCGGCUGCACGCCCUCCCCGCUCUGCAAAUGGCCUCCGCCUCGUGCCGCCUGCCCCUAGUCCGACGGAAAGCUCUUCAACUUCUAGCGUCCAAUCCAAGCCAUGAUUGUCUGUAUAAUUGGCGCCGGGAAGCUAGGAUUGGUGAGGCGAUCAUGAACUUGGAAGAGGCCCAGCUGUCAGAUCUGCCCGUGGAACAGAGGAUACCCGGGCAGGAGGACCGCGUGACGGUGUACAAGAUUAUCGACUCUGCAGAAACGAAACAGACUCGUUUGUUUGUAAGGAAUAAUAGGGUUGGAGACUCAGUCAUAGAUGUGGAUUGGUCAUAG